AUGCCCACCUCCGAACAUACAUUCCACCUUAGUGGGAGGGUGGUGGCCACGGGGGGAGUGGUUGAGAAGGAGGCGGAUGACGAGGAGGACGAGAAGGAGGGGUGGUCAGAGGAGGAGGAGGAGGAGGGGGAGGAUGAGGGGUCAGAGGAGGAGGAGGAGGAGGAGGAGGAGGAGGAGGAGGAGGAGGAGGAGGAGGAGGAGGAGGAGGAGGAGGAGGAGGAGGAGGAGGAGGAGGAGGAGGAGGAGGAGGAGGAGGAGGAAGAGGAGGAGGAGGAGGAGGAGGAGGAGGAGGAGGAGGAGGAGGAGGAGGAGGAGGAGGAGGAGGAGGAGGAGGAGGAGGAGGAGGAGGAGGAGGAGGAGGAGGAGGAGGAGGCGGGGGAGGAGGUUGAGGCGGGAGAUGGUGGGGGAAGGGGCACCCCUUUCCUUCAUUUAACCACCGUUUGUGCAUGCACUGUCCUACACUUGCUGCCAUACCAUUCAUUUUGCUGCCGCACCAUUCGUAUCACUCACCACCCGCAGUUCCCAACUCUACCAUCUCUGCCCUCCUUCCCUGCCCUCUCCUUCACCGCCUUCCUUUCACACCUUUGUUCCCCUGUUGCCUUUCCCCCUCUUUGA